CUCUGUGCUACUAUUGUAGGCAAUUUUACUGGACCGGAUGACUUGAAUUUAAUUAUCGUCAAGAAUUCCUGUUUGGAGGUGUUUGAUGUGACAAGCGAGGGUUUAAAACAGAUACGGGAUGUUCCACUGAACGCGAACAUCCUCACCGCAUCAUUAUUCCGUCGGAGGGACCAAAACGUUGAUUCCCUUUUCGUACUCAAUCAACUCGCUGAAAUUGCCAUAAUUGAGUGUGUCCGCAACAAUGAAUCCAUUGAGUUUCACACCAUCACUUCGGGCAGUGUAGCAGAUCACAGUGCGCGCAUGAUUGAUCAGGGGUUUGAUGCACUAGUUGACCCAGAUGCCACUUAUAUUAUGAUAAAACUUUAUCACGGUCUGCUAAAAGUUAUCCCUCUUCACAGCCUCUCUGACCGCGGAAGUUCUGUUGAUGUUCUUGAACCAAAAGUUAAAGCCCACAGUAUCAGAAUUGAAGAAGGCAAUAUUGUGGAUAUGGCUUUUCUACACGGCUACAGCUUGCCAACAUUUGCAUUGAUUUAUGAAGACGAGGUCGUUGUUUUCAUGAAAACUUAUGAGAUAUUUGGCAGGGAACCAGCUUUGCGAUCCGUGCCCUUUACCGUCGACUCUAUCGAACCAAACUCGAAACUCCUUAUUCCAGUUCCUGCUCCCUAUGGCGGCGUUAUUUUAGUGGGAGAUAAUAUCAUUUGCUACCAUACACGUGAAGUUCCCCAUAUCUCACAGUACAUACCUCAAACCAAGUUUAGUCAAAUAGUCUGUUAUGCCCAAGUGGAUGCAAAGCGUUACCUAUUAGGGGAUAUGGCGGGUCGAUUGUACAUGGUUCAUCUCCUACCGCCCGACGAAAACACAAUUCCACCGACACCAUCGUCCUCUCGGGACACUACGCAAACCUCUGCACGCAUCGGCUCCAUACGGAUUGAGCUUCUUGGUGAGACCGUUAUUCCAGAAUCGAUUGUCUACCUGGACAAUGGGGUGGUCUUCGUUGGCUCCUUCAUGGGCGAUUCUCAGCUAAUACGACUGAAUCCAGACAUCGACCCAGAGCGAAAUAGCUACAUUACGGUCCUGGAACAAUUCACGAACAUCGGACCCAUCGUUGAUAUGGUUCUGUUAGAGAGCAAAGGCCAAAAUCAGCUCAUUACUUGUUCCGGUUGCUACAAGGAGGGAAGUCUACGGGUCAUUAGAAACGGAAUCGGUAUCCAAGAGCAUGCCACCGUCGAUCAAGAACAAAUUAAAGGUGUUUGGUGCUUUCCUUUUGAAUCUGCAACGUUUGAUGAUUCUCUCGUCAUCUCAAUGGUCGGCCAGACUCAGCUCCUGCGUUUGGUUGAUGAUGACAUCACAGCACUUCAGAUUGAGGGUUUCAAGACCGACGAACAGACAGUCCACUGCGACGUGGUUUCUCCAGCUGACUUCCACCAACGCCCAAGGUCUCUUGUCUUGCAGGCGACUACGUCUGGUCUCAGACUCAUCGGUAUCCAGGCAUUGUUGGGGAAGGGCUGCCUGGCCGAGUGGAAGCCCCCGUCGGACAGAUCGGUUUCCUGUUUGGCCUCUCAUGUUGACCUCGUUGUCGUAGCAAGUGGGCCCAACUUGUACGCCCUGCGCAUUACAGGCACUUCGGAGACCCCAGAGUUUACUCAAAUCAGCCACGCCAUCCUUUCCCACGAGGUUGCCUGUGUGGACAUCUCACCUUUUGAUAAAUCGGCGGCUGUAAGGGCUGCUCUGGCUUCGGCGUCAAGUCUUCCAUCGCCUUCGGUGGCCAACUCUAGUGGGGACACGUCCAACCCUUUGCCUAAGAACUCUGAACCCGAGUAUGUGGCUGUCGGGCUAUGGUUGGGACACGGAAUUGCCCUUUUGAAGCUCCCCUCGCUUGAAGUGGUCCACACGGAAUCCCUCCCGGAGGUAAUCGCUUCUUCGGGGACCGCGGUUCUUCCCAGGUCCAUUCUAAUCGCCCAGUUAGAGGAGGCGGCUUUCCUUUUUGCUGCCAUGGCCGAUGGUUCAGUGUACUAUUACACCAUCGAUUGUACUUCAGGAAAUGUCUUCCUUCGGGAUGCAAAACGCGUAAACGCUGGGACUGGACCUUCUAUGCACCUCAGCCAGUGGAGAUCUCACAACAAAGGGCAUAUCUUUGUGUGCUCCAACCACCCUUGUGUCGUCUACUCCACUCGGAAUAAGCUUGUUUUUUCGAACGUAAACCUCAAAGAGGUGACCUGGAUGGCCCCUCUCAACGGCUCGUAUUACACGAAUUGCAUCUGUUUGGUGAUUCCGUCCGGGCUGGUGAUAGGUUCGGUGGACAAUUUGCAAAAAUUGCAUGUCCGCACCAUCCCACUCGGAGAGUCGCCCCGUCGUCUGGCGCUGCAACCGGAAACGGGCAGUCUGGGUGUCAUCACCUAUCGCCGAGAGGUCUUCCAGGAGGGUGUCGGAUUUAAGCCCAUCCGCCACUCGGUUUCUCUGUCCCCAAAACUGCACAAAUCCUCCAGUCCGGUUCCCAAAACCAUCUCCUCCUUGCCAACUGCAACGAAGUUCCCCGAUGUUGAGGUCUCCUCCUUGCUGAUCUACAACCAGUCUAACUUGGAGCUCCAGCUCGUCCACACAUUCCACUACAGCCAGACUGUCCUGGAGAUGGGCAUGAGCAUUGCGUCGAUCAAUUUGGGCGAGAACGGGGGCACGGUGUAUGCCGUGGGCACCGCUCUCUUCGCCAAGGAUGACAUCGAACCCAAAAAGGGCAGAAUUCAUCUCUUCCGUUAUAAUCCCGAAAUUUCGAAGCUGGAGACCCUUCUUAUCCACGACGUCAAUGGCAGCGUCUUCCGAAUUCUCGACUUUAACGGACGCAUUCUCGCCGCCGUCACUAGUUCGGUACGCCUGUUCGACGUUUGUGGUGACAGCCUUCGUCUCGCCUCCUCCUACAACGACAACAUAAUUGUGCUUUAUCUACGAAGCAAAGACGACUACGUUCUAAUCGGUGACUUGAUGCGCUCGCUAAAUCUGCUUAUCUACAAACAGAACAUGAACAACUUCGAGGCCGUUGGCAGACAUCGCUACCCGAGGUACACGUGUGGCAUAGAAAUCCUCGAUGACGAACACUUCCUCGCGGGUGACGCCGACGGGAACAUCUUUGUGGUAGCACGGGAUUCGCCAGAGAACACACAAGAGCCCGUGAUCCCAGCCUUGCGCAUGGCAACUCCUGCGUCUGUCACCCACCCUGAAUCCGCGUCGUCCACGUCUGCAAGUGCCAAGGCUGGCGCUGACGGAGAUCAGGUGUCCUCUGCACCCUCCGAAAUGAAGACUCUGGUGGAUUGUGCUUACAUGCACACCGGAGAAUCAAUCAACACAUUCGUUCGAGGUAACCUGAUUAUGCAGAAUAUGGAGGAGAAGUGGAAAGCUGUCGGCGAGACUCACAGCCUCUACGGCACCGCCCAAGGGUACCUGGGCCUGAUUGUCCACUUGUCGCCCGUAUUGUUCGCUUUCCUCAAGGAAGUGGAGACUCGAGUGUCGAAGUUGAUCGUUCCUGUCGGCGGGUUCACACACGAAUCCUGGCGAGCCUGCAAGGAGCACCGGAAAAUCAAAAUGGCGCACAACUUUGUUGAUGGCGAGGUCAUUGAAACUUUCCUCGACCUAACGCCUGACGAGAAGGCACGCGUUGUUAACGGACUGCGAAUUCCCGUUUCAUUGGAGGAAUUCGGUGUGGCUGGGGCCUCCACGUUCAAUGAGCACCCAGAAACGCGACCGUGUAAGGUGGAGGAUCUGGUGAAGGUUGUUGAGGAGAUGGCCGCUUUGCAUUGA